CAGUUAGUAGCUUCCCCAGUUUUACCAAUUCAGCUGACGCCAAGCACAUUUCAGACGGGUUUUUUUCUUUCAAUAUUUGGAUAAUUUCACAAUCUGAUUUACAGCGUGAGUGCACAAUAUUUGAAAUAAUCAACCAGGAAGCCACAACAUGAGACACAGACAAAGAAAAGCUCUUAAAUCAUGUUUGCGGAACAAAACAAAAUGGAAUUGUGUCCCCAAAUAAAAGUUCUCCAGCUCCGCAGAUGUCCUAAAAGAUGCAGAGUCUUACUUGGCCAGAGGACAGUUACGGUGGUUAUAAAUGGCUCCACGUGACAUUUUCUCCAACAGAAACCUGAUUUCACGACAUUCCUCCUCAUUUCCCCCCUUUGCACGUUUCCCCACGCCUUCCUCCAUCCUAGUGCCGGAGCUUCGGGGGGCUGCAGUGCAAAAUGGAUCCUACAAAUUACCCACGUAAAGUCAAAUAGAAGCAACGGCAGCUGCAAAUCUGUCAUCCUUCAUCACAUAUUCCUUCUUUUCUCCUACUCUUUCUCAAGUAAAAAAUAAAUUCCCAAUUUCUCCUCACGGGAUCUCUCUAGACCCUCAGCCACUGCUACUGAUCUUCACCAGAGAUUUAAAGAUUUGUUAAUACUCAGUUUCUAUAGUAAUGAAAUCAAAGUUUCCUAGGUAUCGUUUUCAGCUUCAGUCUUCCAGCAAAAGAACAAAAUCUGAUAAAACAGAACCUGGGAGAGAGGACAGCAAAGAAGGAAUGCACUUAAAGGCAAAAAUGGGAAACGUGGCUGUCGCCACAGGUCCGGAACGCAGCUCAGCUUCUCCGUUUCUCUUACACCACCUCAGAUGAUAAAAAGGGUUUGGAGCUUUUCCUUUUUAAAAAUACACAUUACAGCUACAGCUAUUAAUUCAUUUUUUUAAGGAACAACGUUAAUGCCACAGGAAAAAAGGAAGCUCUCGCUUCACUCCCUGCACAUUCUCAUUAUACAUAAAAAUAAGCGCAGCAACAGAUCUAUGUGCUGUUUCCAUUUUUUUUGUUGAUUUUGUUAUCUUGCAAGCAGGCCAAGUUUCCAAGGAAUUUAAAUACAUAUCAGAUUGCAUUUCCAGGAAUACUGUAGUGCAGAACAAAUAAUCCAGACAAUAUAUAAAGUGUUUCAGAAAGCUGCUGUUCGGUGAAGCCACAAAACUCACCAGGUAAAGUUUCAGAGCGUUUUCAGCUUCUGGUGGUUCCUUGUGUAAUUCCUCUCCACUAACAGAACUCCUGUCUGUUCCACUUUCUGUAUCUCAGUUACAGAAGGAAACACAGUAAUAGUCUCUUCUGGACAGGAACUUUUUACCUUUAGCAUGGAAAAAGUAUUUUUGCUUUAUACAUCCAUCUUUAGAAAUAAUUUCAGGUCGUUCAAGUAAGGAGAAAUAUUUUCACUGGAUUUGGAUUCAAUUAUACAGAGAUUGCAAAGUACGUUUAAUUUCUCACCCUAUGCUUUCAGGUUUGACACCCUGCCUCAGCAAGACAAUCAUGUUUCUCAGAAGCACUCUGCUGGGAACUGUCCUUUUCAGCAUCCUCUGGACAGAAACUACUCUGGCUGGCUCCAGUUUUUUAAGCCCUGAAUAUAAAAGAAUACAGCAACAACAGGAUCCCAAAAACCCCACAGCACAAUUGCAUCGUCGGGGCGCAGAAGGCUUCUGGGAUACAGAUGAAGCAGGGGCAGAAGAUGACAGAAACAACAUUGAAAUUAAGUUUAAUGUUCCCUUUGAAAUCAGUGUCAAGAUAACAGAAGCAGAGUACCGAGAAUAUGGACAAGCGCUGGAAAAGAUGCUAAGGGAGAUGUUUGAGGAAAAUGCUAAAGAAACACACAUGAAAAACUGAGGCAAGACGAAGGACGACGACAGCACUAGAUGGCCUGAUUUGGUUUCAAUUUUACUUCAAAAUGAAAUUAUGACUGAUUUCACAACGCUGAAGAAGAAUUAAGUUUGUGACCCCGAGCAGUUUGCCCUGACAGCCUUUGGAAUGGAUGACCCUUUAAGGAAGAACACAGGACCUAGAGCCAAAAAUAAUGAAGGGCAAGGUUAAUCACAGGCUAAUAUGUAGGCUUAUUUUCUUAUUUUAUCUCUUUUCCUUAGUAAAUAUAGUGAUUAUUCUAAAUGGUGUGUUUGAAGGCUAGAUGAAUCCUUUCUAAAACUGGUGGAAACCUCUUCUUACACUUCUGUAGACAUCAAUAUCAGAGAAUAAAGCUUAUGCUCAAACUGCAAUUACUUGUGGGGUUGGGUUUUGUUUGCUUGUUUAAGAGCAGCUCAGACUAGACAGUUCAUGUAAUAAACUACACAGACUCGGUGGACAGGGAUUCAGAUUUCAGUUGCCAAAUUAGCUGCAUUGCCAAGGGAUUUGUUAAUAUAGAUCUUAUCCAGGAAACCAUCUAAUAUCGCUUCCAGUUUAAAAAAAAAAAAAA